AUGACCUGGCUACUCCUGGCGCUCUGGGCGUCCCUGGGGUCAGUGGAGCUUGCCCAAGACUGGGCGACUAGGGAGUCAGCCAGAAACCUGAGCUGCUUCCAGUGCUUCAAGGUCCACGAGCCCCGCAUGUGUAGGCCCAGGAUGUGCCAACCAGAGGAAAAAGUCUGCCUGAGCAACGAGGUGUUAAUUUACUCAAGAACAAGGAGCAGAACACAGAUCAGCAAGGCCUGCGCUACCACAUGCCCCAACUCCAACAGUGUGUAUGAGUGGGAAGUGAACAAAGGAAUUCAGGCCAGGAUCACCAGAGUAUGCUGCUCAGGGAAUCUCUGCAAUAGAGCACCUGGCGCUGUGUUCAGGACCCUGCCAGGGAGGAUCCUGCUGCCACUGGGUCUGGGCCUCUUCUGCACCCUGUUGUGA